AUCAAUUGCCUUCCCAAUUUCUCGCAACCCCUCCUCUGUCGAGCCUUGAUUGAACGAAUUUCUCGACCACCUCAUUUCGGUUUCGAUAAUCUUGUGGAACCCAAUCUUCGUAUCGCUCACGGUUCAUCUCCAGUAUGCGGAGUGCUAGCAUGUCUAUCUCGAGGUGGAGCGUGUUGGGCAUUGUCGUCCUCCUCCUGCUUUCAGGCGCCUUGGCGAAGGGGAAUGGAAAUGGCGGCGGGAAAGGGAACGGCAACGGGAAAGUUAACAAGGGCGGCGGCGGCAAGGGAGCAGGGAAGGGCAGGGGGGGCAAACUCAGCGGUCUCUUGGGCGGUCGAGGCAACAUCCUCGGCUCUGUGCAGGCGAGGCUGCGAGGAAAGCUGGCGGUGGACGAUUCGGGCGUCGUCGUGGGUGCUGCCAACGCGACGGGCACGCUGGUUCUAGUUUCACUCAGCAACGGAACCAUCACCUUCGCGGCGCGUCUUCAGCUGGCGAAGCUCGAGCUCCCGUCUUCCAUCUCCAUCAACCGCGCCGCAAAGGGCGCUACAGGCGACGUCGUCAUCGACCUCUCGUCUGACGCCACGUGGCGAAACGUCACUGAUAAGCUUGGCCGAGGCGGACGUGUCGGGCCGAGAAAGGCCGGACUUGGGUUUGGUUUGGCUCGGGCCGAACCGAACCCGUACGUGUAUGCGUUUACAGGGUCGUGGCAAGACGCGACGGCAUUGACAACCACUGACGGAUCGACUUAUAAAGAGGUGUUUGAUGCUAUCAGUGCCACACCUGCAGCGUACUAUGCAACAGUUGAGACUGAUACUUUUAUCUACGGUGCUGCACGUGGGCAAUUCGCAAAGCCGAACCGUGGCUUGGGCAUAUGGAAAAGGGCUGGCAACUGAGGAGUGCGGUGCGGGCGUGCAUGGAGUGGUAGGUUUUGGCAGUCAGCGCCUCUUCAAAUGUUCCAUAUACGUAGUCAAAGAAUCGUGAGUGGACAUUCAACAGCGCCUUGGGAUUCGAAUUUGAGGGUCAAUGACUCAAUGCUGCUGGGGACGCUAGGUUACCACCGUUUCAAAUGUUUAUCCCUUGAAUACAUGUGGUGAAUGUGCACCUCACCUUGGCUUUAGGGCUAGUGUGCAACACUAAUAUCAUU